UUCAAACAAUAAUGACUUAUCUACCAAGUAGUAGGUCAUAUUAAUAAAACAUAAAUAAUAGUAGCAUUCAAUUUGUGUUUUAUAUGUAACGGCAUAAAUGUGAUUUCCAAUGUUCAAUUGGGUUGUCUUUUAAUUACGGAGGUUGGGCGCGAGCCAACUAAUGGAUCAUGAACAUUCGUCGUCUAUUUUCCCUCCAAGCACCCCUUUAUCAACGAACUUACCUGCCAUUCAAAAAAAUCUCACUCUGUCUCGUCCUAAAUUCAAUCUUCUCUUCUAAACACUUCCAAACACUACCCAGAUAUAGCGAAAAUCAUCAAACUGGUUAUGCCAUUGAUAUAGCCGAAAAGGGAGGUGAUUUUCCAACCUAUGAAUCUUUUUCCGAUUGUUUGUCACAUUGCUGUAAAACCAAGUCCCUUGGUCCUGGAUUGCAAGUUCAUGCUCAAUUAACUAAAUCUGGGUUGUUAAUUGAUGCGAAACUUCGGAACCAUUUGAUUAAUUUAUACUCCAAAUGUCGACUUUUCGUGUAUGCCCGGAAGCUGCUCGACGAAAGUCCUGAACCAGACUUGGUUUCUUGGUCAGCUAUUAUAUCUGGGUAUGUCCAAAAUGGGAUGCCCAAGGAAGCCCUUUUGGCUUUUCAGGAAAUGCACUCUUUGGGUAUUAUUUGUAAUGAAUUUGCAUUUUCAAGUGUGCUAAAGGCUUGUGGAAUUAGGGAGGAUUUGAGGUAUGGGAAGCAAAUUCAUAAGUUGGCAUUGGUUACUGGGUUUGGGUCUGAUGUUUUUGUUGCGAAUACCUUGGUGGUUGUGUAUGCAAAAUGUAGAGACUUCAAGGAUUCUAGGAGGUUAUUUGAUGAAAUACCAGAAAGGAGUGUUGUUUCGUGGAAUGCUUUGUUUUCUUGUUAUGUGCAAGGGUAUUUUUUCGAAGAGGCAAUUUGUUUGUUCAAUGAAAUGGUUUCAACUAAUAUGAAACCGAAUGAGUUUAGUCUCUCAAGUAUGCUGAAUGCCUGUACAGGGAAAUUGGAUUGUGAUUUGGGAAGAAAAAUCCAUGGGUACUUGAUAAAGUUUGGACAUGAGGCUGAUCAAUUCUCAGCAAAUGCACUGGUUGAUAUGUAUGCCAAAGUGGGGGAAAUAAAAGAUGCUCUUCUUGUAUUCGAUAAUGUUAUGGAGCGAGAUAUUGUGUCUUGGAAUGCCAUUAUUGCCGGUUCUGUGCUCCAUGAAGAGCAUGAUUUAGCCUUGGAAUUGUUUGGUCAGAUGAAUAAUUUGGGUGUAUAUCCAAAUUUGUUUACAUUAUCGAGUGCUCUAAAAGCAUGUGCAGGAUUAGGACUGAAAGAGCUGGGUAGACAGCUCCAUUCCACUUUGAUUAAGAUAGAUACAAAAGAAGAUUUGUUUACCAAUGUUGGUCUGCUUGAUAUGUAUUCCAAAUGUGGCUUGUUGGAGGAGGCAAACACUAUGUUUAAAUCAAUAUCAGAGAAAGAAUUAAUUGCAUGGAAUGCUAUGAUUUCAGGUUACUCGUCAAAUGGAGAAGACAAAGAAGCUUUAAGGAUUUUCACUGAGAUGAAUAAAGUGGGAGUAGGUUUCAAUAAGACUACCUUAUCAGCAGUCCUCAAAUCCAUAACUAGUUUGCAGGAUAUUGAAAUUUGUCAGCAAGUUCAUGCAAUUUCCGUAAAAUCGGGUCUUCAAUCUUCAGAUUAUGUUGUAAAUAGCCUUAUUGACUCGUAUGGAAAGUUUGGCAACAUAAAAGAUGCAGCCAAAAUUUUCCAAGAAUCCAGGAAAGGAGAUUUAGCAUCUUUUACUUCCAUGAUCACGGCUUAUUCCCUGUAUGGACUAGGCGAGGAAGCUCUGAAGAUUUAUAAGGAAAUGCAAGGUAUGGGGGUGUGGCCAGAUCCAUUUGCUUGCAGUGCUCUGUUAAAUGCUUGUGCAAAUUUAUCUGCUUAUGAACAAGGAAAACAAAUACAUGUUCAUACAUUAAAACUUGGAUUCAUGUCUGAUACUUUUGCUGGAAAUUCCCUUGUUAACAUGUAUGCUAAGUGUGGAUGUAUAGAAGAUGCAACUCUUUCCUUCUCAAAGCUACGUGAGAAAGGAAUAGUAUCAUGGUCUGCUAUAAUCGGAGGACUUGCUCAACAUGGGCAUGGGAAAGAAGCCCUCCGAUUAUUUGAUCAGAUGAUUAAGGAAGGUAUUCACCCAAAUCAUGUUACAUUAGUCAGUGUCCUAUGUGCAUGCAGUCAUACAGGUUUGGUUGAAGAAGCCAAAGAAUAUUUCCAAUCAAUGGAUAAAUUAUAUGGCAUAAAGCCUACUCAAGAACAUUAUGCUUGUAUGAUUGAUAUCCUGGGACGAGCUGGGAAGUUAAACGAAGCUUUAGAGGUUAUGAACAAAAUGCCAUAUGAAGCGAAUGGAGCAGUAUGGGGAGCACUUCUUGGUGCUGCAAAAAAACACAAGAAUGUGGAGUUAGGGCAACGUGCAGCAGAAAUGCUAUUCAUCCUUGAGCCAGAGAAAUCCGGGACACACAUUUUGCUGACAAACCUGUACGCAUCAGCUGGAAUGUGGCAAAAUGUAUCAGAAAUGAGGAAAAUGAUGAAGGAAAAUAAGGUGAAGAAGGAGCCUGGGAUGAGUUGGGUUGAGGUGAAAGACAAGAUUCACAUUUUUAUCGUUGGAGAUAAAAGACACCCCAGAAGUACUGAAAUUUACGCAAAGUUGAAUGAGAUUAGGGAUCUCAUGGUAAAGGAAGGGUAUGUUCCUACACUGGAAAAUGAUCACCAUGAUGUUGAACAAUCCGAAAAGGAGUUGCAGUUGCUUCAUCACAGUGAAAAACUUGCUGUUGCUUUUGCACUUAUAGCUACCCCACCAGGUGCUCCCAUUAGAGUUAAGAAGAAUCUUCGGAUUUGCUUGGAUUGUCAUACGGCUUUCAAGUUCAUCUGUAAGAUUGUCUCUAGAGAGAUUAUUGUAAGAGAUACAAAUAGGUAUCAUCAUUUCAAAGAUGGUUCAUGCUCUUGCGGGGAUUACUGGUGAGUGGUGAUAUUGAAUUGCAGAAGGUUACAGGAAUCACACACUAUGAUGAACUACAAUAGAUUGUCCUACUUCUGCAAAUGUUUCAUUUUCUGCUUUUGAUGUGAAACAGGGAUAUGUUUAGCUGUUACUCUGCAAAUAUAGAGAUGAAAUCGUAUGAAAAUGUCUUUCCACCUAGUUACUCACAGGAAAGAUCGGCUUAUUUUGAGAAUAAUAUCAUAAUCAUUUAGUUAACAUA